AUGUUUACAGCAGGAAUAAAAACAAAGGAAGCAAAUAGUGAUACGACUACCUUUAUGGGAUCUAAUCAUCGGCUGCAUUCACUAUUAUCUCUUAUUAUUGCUCAAAUUGGUCCUAAGAUGUUAUCAGUUUUGUUGGGUGGUGCGUACUUCUUUUCCAAUUUCCAAAUUAUUACAACUGUUAUGAUUCUUGUUAAUUCAGUUGUAAGGUUAUUGGCAUUUGUGUUUGGUCCAAUAAUAAUUAACGCAGGUAUUCUAUUAGAGAUGUUUCUUGGGUUGAUAGUCACUGCUUCUAUGGUUACGUGCAGUUCCUCUAGAUUACCUAGUGUGAUUGCUAAUUUUGCACAUAUGGCAAGCGUUUAA